CUUCUCGCGACACGUCUGCCCUGUCACUCAGGCAAGGGGACAGGCGAAACAACUACAUGUGAACAUUUUUAUGGCAAGCGAGUUUAAAGUGAAACAACACACAGUGGAAACAUGUCUGUGGCUUUAUCGCGCGGUCUCUGCAGGGUUUUAUCUCGACACACCGCUCCGUCAAGGUACCUGUUGGGAGAACAUGCUGUACAGAGUCCUUGGCUUGCUCCUGUGAUGACACUGAAGACUUCUGCCCCACUGAGAGGGGAGCCCAAAAAGAAGAAGAAAGUGGAUCCAAGACGGGAGCAGAUGAUCAGAGAGAGGAUGAAAAGAAAGCUGAAGAGGCUGGAGAAGAUUCCACCUGAGCUUAUCCCCAUAGAGGACCAACUUAUUCCAGCCAAAUGCUUGGAUGAAACAAGGCAACGCUCUGUACCGAGGCUGUCAUUUGAAGAAAGUGAGGGUCGAGCCCUGCUGCUGAAGAAGUGGAGUAUAUACAAACAGGAGCAGCACAUGGCUGAAGUCCAGGCUGUUGAAGAUGCUAUAAAGGCACAGAGGGAGGCGCUGAAGGAGCUGAAGUUAGAGUCUGAGGAGCUGUAUCAGGCAGCGCUGAAGCCAGACCCCCUUCUUUUUCCCUUCACUCAUGAAGGUCCUGCCUACACACCACCAAAGACUGAUUAUGAAGCUCCUGAUGGGAAAUACACCGACAUCACUAGAGUUUACACACAGUGAAGGACAAGGAACAGCUGUCGGAGCAGCCUCUAUGUGUUGUCAUAUAUUUAGUGUAUUUGUACAUGAUUCAGUAAGCCAAGAUGCAGCCUUUAAACAGCCUGCAUGUGGAGGUGCGAAGGACACUUUGCAAAUGUGUUUCUGUGUUUCUUGAAUUGUGCAGCCAGCUCAGCUGUUUCAUGUCAGAAUCAAAUGCAACAACAUUCAUGGAAAUUAUACGUUGAUUUUUUUGUUCACAUUCACAUUUCUGUAUAAAAUUUAACAAAAGAAAGUGGAAAAUAAAGUGUACUUUUUUUUAUUGA